CCUCCCCUUUAGGUUAAUCUAGGUCCUUUCACUAGUGGAAGUACUGGAGCCCGGGGCAGAUAUAUAUUUAGAUAUAUACAUAUAUAUAUAUAUAUAAAUAUAUAUAUGUAUAUAUAUAUAUAUAUAAGGCAGGACCAGGACCAGGACCAGGAACACAACACCAAAGCCCAGCAGUUCCCAGCAGCGCACCGCGGAGCGUCGCCUGGACUUUGUGCGUCUGUAGCGCAGUGAGGCUGACAGGCGCAAUGAGUGACAGAGCGUGAUGCGCCUGGACUGUCAUGUCAGAGCUUCCCCUUCGAAGUCACACACCUCUGCUUUUUCUUUUCUUUUCUUUUCUUUUCUUUUUUUUUUUUUUUUUUUUUGGUGGUUUUGUUUUGUUUAAACCUUUCUCCGCCUGAGGAUUACUCAUGCAACAGUUCCUAAAAGGCUGCAGACGAGAUUUGUUUGCAAAAAAAAGAAAAGAAAAAAGAGAAAACUUUACAGCCCCCUCGCUGCCCGUCGGCUUUGCCCCACCGAGCACUCCUCCGACAUGGAUUUGAAGAGCGCCUGUCGCUUGUGCCUCUUCCCGAUUCAGAUGCUCUACUUUGUGGUGCGAGCGAGCCUGUCGUCGCUGUUGCCGAGCAGAAGGAAGGAUCUGACCAGGGAGGUGGUGUUGAUCACCGGCGGGGGACGAGGCAUCGGGCGUCACCUGGCCAAAGAGUUUGCCAAGCAGGGGGCCAGAAAGGUGAUCCUGUGGGGCCGAACAGAAAAGUGCCUCAAAGAAACAGCAGAAGAGAUUUCUCUCUCAGGAACAGAGUGCCAUUACUUCCUGUGUGAUGUGGCCAAUCGGGAGGAAGUAUACAGGCAGGCCAAGGUUGUCAGAGAAAAGGUGGGAGAUGUCACGAUAUUGGUGAACAACGCCGCUGUAGUCCACGGCAAAAGUCUGAUGGACAGCGAUGACGACGCCCUUCUGAAAUCCCAACACAUCAACACCAUGGGACAGUUCUGGACCACAAAAGCCUUCCUGCCUCGGAUGCUGGAGCUGCAGCACGGCCGCGUAGUGUGCAUAAACUCCAUCCUGUCCCAGUCUCCCAUCCCUGGGGCCAUAGACUACUGCACCUCCAAGGCCUCGUCGCUGGCCUUCAUGGAGAGUCUGACGCUGGGGCUGCUGGACUGUCCCGGCGUUGGUUGCACCACCGUUCUUCCCUUCCACACCAAUACAGAGAUGUUCCAGGGCAUGAGAGUCAGGUUUCCCCAGCUCUUUCCACCUCUCAAACCUGAGAUAGUUGCCCAGAGCACCGUGGAUGCAGUCAGAGCUGACAAGGCCUUCCUCUACCUGCCCUGGACUAUGCACGCCCUUGUCAUUUUAAAAAGCUUCAUGCCACAAGUUGCACUUGAAGAAAUCCACAAGUUUUCUGGGAGUUACACCUGCAUGAACACGUUCAAAGGGAGGACAUGAACCUGGAUUGCACACAAUGUGAGAGACAUAAACUGCUCUGGGCUGUUAUGAAGGGAAUAUGGACCUUAAGACAUCUGGAAGUGGAGGAGGCCCCCUGAUAGUGCAAAGACAAAUAUUUAGGGCACAUGCAAGACGGUUGCUCCUGCAGGUAGAAUUAAUUGAUAAGUUGCAGGAUACGCCCUGGUCGCAUUUGAAUGUGUGUGUGUGUGCCUAUGUGUAUAGUAUGAAGGACUGAAUGCCAUUCUUACUCUGAACAGAAGCCAUGAAUAGGUACCAGUAGUUAUUCUGGGAGUUUUUCUGUGACACUUGUUUUAGCCUGUUUUUACACUUCUUUUUUUAUUCUCCUUUUAAUGCGUCUUUGAAUCAAAACAAGAUAAUAAAACAGAGUUUUAGAAGACGCACUGUGUUCCUUCGUGCACGAUCAAAAAUAGAAAACACUUGGGAGGUACAUGUUGUUUUGUGUCUGGGUUUUGACUCCCAUGGCAGUCUGACAGCACCUUUGAUUUAUUCCAAGCAUAAGAUCAGUGACUGUGACAGACGAUGUUGUCAAAACAUAAAACAUAAGCUCGGGGGGGGCAUGUAUAUUCUUGUCUGUUCUCUGCUGUCAGAAUAUGGCAAUAUGGUGGAUGGUGUUAUUCUCCAUAAACAUUAUGUACGCAAAACAAGUGGAUCAGGACCUCCCCCUCACAUGUGCACAGUGGUCUAAACUACAUUCAAUUACAACAAUUAUUGAGCCCUGAAAUGACAGCAGUCAUCAAAAAAAAGAGCUAUUUUAUUGUCCGCUAUGAAGAUGACAAUAUAUCAAAUGUGUUUUUGUUAGCUCGGCUCACUCUCA